AUGGUGUCGCAGGCGCCCAUGGCGGUGGCGCUGUGCAAGAAGAGCAACUGCGUCGCGCGGGUGCUCGCGUACGCGCUGCUGGAGUGGAUCCUCAUCGCGCUGCUCCUCACCAACAGCGUCUUCUCCUACCUCAUCUCCAGGUUCGCCGCCUUCUUUGGCCUCGCGCCGCCCUGCGCGCUUGCUCCCGCCUCGGCGUCGACAGCCUCUUCGAGCGCCACGCGCACCGUGGCGUCGGCGGCACCGAGCCCCUGCGCCGCGUGCUGUGCGACGCGCACGCCGCCGAGCUGUCGUGCCUCGGCUACUGCAGCGAGCACCGCCGGCUCGCGGACGCCGGGAACAUGUGCGAGGACUGCGCCGCGGCGCCCGGGAAGGCGCUGCUGUCGUGGAUGGGCCGGAGCGAGCUCGGCGAGCGGGAACUCGCCUGCGCUUGCUGCGGCGUCGUGCUCGUGAGCGGCUUCUACUCGCCGCCCUUCUUGCUCCCCACGCCGGCGCCGCGUGGCACAGAUUGCGGCAACAAGGAAGAGGAAGAGACGGGGUCGGAGUGGCCGCCGGCGAGGGGCUGAGCAACGGCGACGAGUGGAGGACGCGGCCGCAGGAGGGGGAGGGGGAGGUGGAGGAGCGCACGGGGGUGGGCGCCGGGGUCGAGGUGGCCUCCGGCGGGGACUUGAGCGGCGGCGACGGGGGGAUUUGGUGGGUGGUGCUGGUGGCCAAGGAGAGCCAUUGAAAGGGAUUGGGUGACUAGAUGAAGUGUCAGCUGAUGUGGACGCCAGCGGGGAUCAAAACCGUCCUGGUGGGCACUCGGGGGGGUUCAGGUACCUGGGUUGCAUAGUUUGGGGGCGUCGGUUAGAUGGGUUUGUAGUGUGGGGUUGAAUUCUAGACUCGUAGAAGAGAUGAGGGGUUCCAAAGAAAUUUUCCAUCUAGCCGCCUCCCAGAUGCGAAAGCGGCUUUCGGUCCAAAAAACAAUCGAGCUCUCCAGCCUCGAGCCUGACCCCUCCUCUGUCCUCUCCCAGCAUCGACCCGACGCCUCGCCGCACCCGCACCCCCUCUUCCUCUCCGUCGGCGACGAAGCGAUUUCUCCAAUCCGGUGAGGGGAGAGGAAGUCAGUGAAUUCGGUCGCUCCAGCCGGACGAGGAGAUGCCGCGGAUUCCUCUGAUCAAGUUCCCCAAGCGGAAUCUCAAAGCCCCAUCCCCAUCCGCACCAGCGUCGCAGCCCGCAGAUCAGCACGCGACCCUCAUGUCCCGCUUGGUUUCUCUUUCAGGGGCUAAAGUAGAGGCACCACCUUCUGGAGAGAUUAAAAAUUACCGUUUUAGAUCAGAUGUGCCAUCCCCACCUUCUCAUACUGCUGUUGGAGGUCCAGCUUCACUCCUUCCGAAGCGUAAACCCCUGACUGAAGAAGAGAUUGAGGCUAUCAUGCUAGGCGGCUCCAUCUGAUAUGGCCUCACAUGGAUUGGAAAUUUAGGAGCUAUCAAUAAUAUCAUAUACCCGAACUGAACUCGACUCUAAGGGGUGUUAUUCAAGCCAUGUCCAUAUGGAAUUCGUUUUUUUGUUUCAACUGUCCCUAAGUCAGCUGCUGUGACAUUCUGCUCUAAUAUUCUUCACAUGUGACUGACCAAAUCGUGGGCAUAUUGAAGUUGGUUGUGGAAAAAGUGUUGACCCUGAAUGAUUUUGCGCAUCUCUAAUGAGUUUGCGCCAUCAUAAGAUCUGAUGAGCAUACUUAUUGAACCA